AUGGCCGAGCUCAACACACUUCCAAAGGACCCGCUCCUUUCGCAAGGCCAGAAGGAUGUGCUGGCCGGAACCGUCGGUGGGAUCGCCCAAGUGCUGGUCGGUCAACCGCUGGAUAUCCUCAAAGUGCGACUGCAGACUUCGCCGCCGGGGACAUAUACGGGGAUGGUGGACUGUGCCACGCGCAUCGUGCGCAACGAAGGCCCGCUGGCAUUCUACAAGGGCACGCUCACGCCUUUGCUCGGUGUAGGCGCGUGUGUCAGUAUCCAGUUCGGCGUAGUGGAAGCUCUGAAGCGACACUUUAGCGCGUCGAAUGUUGCGUCAGGACGCAGCGGCGAGCUGAGCUAUUCGCAGUUCUACCUUGCAGGUGGUAUUGCUGGUGUGGCCAACAGCGUGGUUGCCGGCCCUGUCGAGCACGUCCGUAUCCGCCUGCAGACGCAGCCCUCGCCGCCGCUCUACCGCGGCCCGGUCGACUGCAUCCGCCAAAUAUACACCCAGAGCGGGCCGUUCCACGGCGUGUUCCGGGGCCAGAUCCCCACGUUCGCGCGCGAGUUCCACGGCAUGGGCAUGUACUUCCUCACCUACGAAGCGCUCGUCCAGUACAAACUCAGCAAAGACAAGCUGGCUCGCAACGAGCUGCCCAGCACAUACGCCAUGUUCGCCGGCGCCAUGGCCGGUUACGGCCUCUGGCUCACUGCCUACCCCGCCGACAUUAUCAAGAGCAAGCUGCAGACCGACUCGCUCAACCCGGCAAACCGCAAGUACAAGGGUACUCUCGACUGCAUCCAGCAGACCUUCAAACAGGACGGCAUCCGCGGAUUCUUCAGGGGCCUCUUGCCCACGCUCGUUAGGAGUCCGUUCGCGAAUGCCGCCACGUUUGUCGCUUUCGAAUGGGCCGCUCGAACUUUGCGCGAGGUGUAG